AUGUUCUGUACCAAAAAAAUCAAAAUACAGUGGUACAAGAAAGUUAUGCAAUGACGUUGACAAGAAACUGUUUUCUGCCUCUGGUAAUUACUCGAGGAAGCGAUCAAGUGGCAAUUAGUUCAAAAUUUGAAGUACGCAACGAUCCAGCUGUUGUCCGUAAUUUUGGACAGAUUCUUGUAGAAUUUUCCAAAAUCGUUCCUGAUGGGAUAGUUGCCUUUUUUCCAAGCUAUUUAUAUAUGGAAUCGAUUGUCUCUAUGUGGAAUGAAAUGGGAAUAUUGAACGAGGCAUGGAAACGAAAACUAAUAUUUGUGGAAACACCUGAUGCGACAGAGACGACUCUCGCUCUGGAGAAUUAUAGACUGGCGUGCGAUAACGGACGUGGGGCAAUACUUUUGUCUGUUGCGCGAGGUAAAGUCUCUGAAGGAAUCGACUUUGACCAUAAUUACGGACGCGCUGUGAUUAUGUUUGGGGUCCCAUAUCAGUAUACUGAAAGCAGAAUAUUAAAGGCGCGACUGGAAUUUCUUCGCGUGAACUAUCGUAUACGUGAGAAUGAUUUCCUCACGUUUGACGCUAUGCGACAUGCAGCACAAUGUGUCGGGCGUGUGCUGAGAGGGAAGACUGAUUAUGGAUUAAUGAUAUUUGCCGAUAAG